AUGGGGGGGGACCGUUUCCUUGUGCUGCUGCUGCUGCUGCUGCAGCAGCAGGUGCAGCAGGAGCAGCAGCAGCAGCAGCAGGAGCAGCAGCAGCAGCAGCAGCAGCAGCAGGAGAGUUUGCCUUUGAGCACAGCAGCAGCAGCAGCAGCAGCAGCAGCAGCAGCAGCAGUCACUGGAGGGUGGAUUGGAGAGGGGCUGAAGAAGAAGAAGAAGCAGCAGCAGCAGCAGCAGCAGCAGCAGCUCCAGCAGCAGCAGCAGCAGCAGCAGGAACGGGGUUCUCUUGGGGCCUAUUCGGCAGCAGCAGCAGCAGCAGCAACAACUGCAGCAGCAGCAGCAGCAGCAGCAGCAGCAGCUGCUUCAGCUUCAGUCAUGUCUUUAAGCUGCUUCACCCGUCAGCGGUUGAAGCCCAUGCAAAUCUAUCAUCUGCUGCAGCAGCAGCAGCAGCAGCAGUAG